AUGCCCGAUAACGAAAACAAAGUUUGGUGCAGAGAAGAGAAGUGCAGAUUACAACCAGAUUGGGACCGGGAGCCGAUCCGUAGGGCUCAGGAACGGCAGUUGGUUGGCCAGAUGGGAGGAUGCAUGCCGGGCUUGGGUAGGAUGCAAACACAGCCAUUACGAGCACUCCCAGCGAUCGCAAUGCAGCUACUGACUGCAACGCUGGCGAACCAGUUCGUGACAGGCCAUCUGGGUACCAUUGGAAUGGGAUAUUUAGCCCAGAUGACGGGUACCUCGUACCCUUUGGAGAUGCGGGUAAUCUAACCUGGUGAGAAGAUGUUCGGUCAGAGCCGAUUGAGUGGUGGGCAAGGAGUAAGAUUACAGUAUCAGAAUACUGAGGGUAUCCGCAUGUGCAGAACGGCUGGUUUGUUGGAUUACUGGCAGGAUGAUUCCUGUGCCUUUGGUUACUCCCAACAAAUGUUGAAGCCAUCCGAGUCGUCUAUCUCAAAUUGUCGAAGCCAAGUCCAGAUUCGCGGUAUUGAGUCGAAGUGGCGGCAGUAUAGAGAUGUUUGA